AUGGCGGAGCACUUGGCGUCGAUAUUCGGGACGGAGAAGGACAGGGUCAAUUGCCCGUUCUAUUUCAAGAUCGGUGCGUGCAGGCACGGCGACCGGUGCGCGCGCCUCCACACGAAGCCCAGCAUCAGCCCCACGCUCCUGCUCUCCAACAUGUACCAGCGCCCAGACAUGGUCACCCCUGGCGUCGACCCUCAAGGCCAACCCCUCGAUCCUAAAAAGACCCAAUCUCAUUUUGAGUUUUUCUACGAAGAUUUGUUUCGGGAGCUAAGCAAGUAUGGGGACAUUCAAAGCCUCAACAUCUGUGAUAAUCUGGCAGACCACAUGGUGGGUAAUGUCUACAUCCAGUUUAGGGAGGAAGAUCAAGCACAAACUGCUCUUCAGAGUCUCAUGGGGAGGAUUUAUGACGGCCGGCCAAUAAUUGCUGACUUCUCUCCCGUGACGGACUUCCGUGAGGCCACGUGUAGGCAAUACGAAGAAAACGUAUGCAAUCGGGGUGGAUACUGUAACUUCAUGCAUCUUAAAAAGAUAGGCAGAGAGCUGAGACAGCAACUAUUCCGGAAAAGGAGAAGCAGGCAUGACCGCAGUAGAAGCAGAAGUCGUAGUCCACGUCUUCGUAAUUAUGAAGGCAGACAUGGGUCGAGUAGGAGGGGUGAGCAUGGUGGUCACCAUGACAGGAGUAGAAAAGCCCGUAGCCGAAGUCCAUCCCGAAGGAGAAACCGGAGCCCCAUUAGAGAAAGUAGUGUCGAGAGAAGGGCGAAAAUUGAGCAGUGGAACAGGGAAAGGGAGGAGGGAGAACCGGACAGAGAUCGUCAUAAUGGAAAAAAGGAUGAUGGCAACUCCAAGGAGGAUAAGCGAGAUUUGUCCGAGAAUGGGAAUGAAAGCUAUAACGUUUGA